AUGAACCCCGAAUACGACUAUCUCUUCAAGCUCCUCCUCAUCGGAGAUUCCGGUGUUGGAAAGUCUUGUCUGCUUCUGCGAUUUGCCGACGACACCUACACUGAAUCCUACAUCUCCACCAUCGGUGUCGACUUUAAAAUCCGAACGAUAGAACUCGAUGGCAAGACCGUCAAGCUUCAGAUUUGGGAUACCGCCGGCCAGGAGCGUUUCCGAACUAUCACCUCUUCCUACUACCGUGGUGCCCACGGCAUCUGCGUCGUCUACGAUGUUACCGACAUGGACUCUUUCAACAACGUCAAGCAAUGGCUCCAGGAGAUUGACCGAUAUGCCACAGAGGGUGUCAACAAGCUGCUGGUCGGUAACAAGAGCGAUAUGUCAGACAAGAAGGUCGUCGAGUACAGCGUAGCCAAGGAGUUCGCCGACAGCCUCGGAAUUCCAUUCCUCGAGACUUCCGCCAAGAACGCCAGCAACGUCGAGCAGGCUUUCUUGACCAUGGCCCGUCAGAUCAAGGAGCGCAUGGGCACCACCACAGCCAACAACACCAAGCCUAGUGUGCAAGUCGGUCAAGGCCAGGGUGUUGGCUCUUCUUCCAACAACAGCUGCUGCUAA